CCUUGUAUACUGGUGGAUUCCAUUCAAAAACCAGACGGCAUUUCGGUACAUAGACAUGAUAGCAAGUGAACAACAGUCCAGAAAAGUGAGACAACCAGGCCCCUUUUAAACCACAGUGACAGAUCAGAAUCACAUGAAGCGGCCGCUGGAGGAGGGCUUGCUGCUCCCUACCGUUUCUGCACGCAAACGACACCAAGUCACCCACCCCCUCUCAGUCAAGUCACAAAGUUAAAGCCUCAUCAGUUCAUUCAUUUACAUGUCACACACCGUGACCCUGGCUGGGAGAGCCCUGUUACACUAUUCCUACCAGGACCAAUCCAGAUGUCUGCUCGCUCUGAUGACGCCUAGUCGGUCCUGUGCCGAAGAGGGCGGAGUUAAACUUUUCUUUUUUUCUUUUUCUUUUCUAUCACCCCGACUGCAGUUGACGAAGGAUAGACAUGGCUGGACUUUUUGACCCUUUGUGAGGGUUAAAGGGCAUAUUUCUAAUCUUGUAAUCGAGGUUUUGGCUCCCCACGCCUUGACAAAAUGAUGCGCUUCCUGCUCCUCUUCAGUCGCCAGGGGAAGCUGCGUCUGCAGAAGUGGUUCACGCCCAUGUCCGAGCGCGAAAAGAAGAAGAUCAUCAGGGACAUGACCACCCUGGUGUUGGCUCGGAAACCACGCUCCUGCAACUUCAUGCAGUGGAAAGACCUAAAGAUUAUUUACAAAAGGUAUGCGAGCUUAUAUUUCUGCCUGGCUGUGGAGAACCAGGAGAAUGAGCUGUUAGGCCUGGAGGUCAUUCAUCGCUAUGUGGAGCUUCUUGACAAAUACUUUGGCAAUGUGUGUGAGCUGGACAUUAUCUUUAACUUUGAGAAGGCCUAUUUUAUCCUGGAUGAGUUUUUAAUGGGAGGGGAGAUACAAGAAACCUCCAAACAACUUGUGAACCGCUCCAUUGAAGCCUCAGAUAUGUUACAGGAGACCAUGGAGGAGUAUAUGAGCAAACCUGCAUUUUAACUGUUGGGAGGAGAGAAAAAAAGGACACAACUCCAACGAGGAAUGCACAAGGUGGAUGAACUGUUUACCAGUCACACACUUUUCUGAAGGUGAAUUUAGACGUUGUAGUACUAGUGAGUAUUUUUAAAGGGGAAAAUGGCAUAUGGAGUGCCUGCUUGCUGUCUGCCCGAAGAAUAGGAGAGUCACGGUCCUUUUUACACUGAUUGCUGUUAUGUCAUUAGAAUAAGGAGCAUCGGGGGGGAUGGUGUGGUUUGAAAGAUAAGUGGAGGGUUUUUUCAAUUCUAUAAUGUUGACUUCACAUCUGAAUCAUGUAUUAUUUAUAUAUUUGAAGAGAAUGAUGCCACUGAAAACUGUCUAAUUGUUUGAAUGCUCUGAUAUUUCAGCUAUAUUUCACCACACAUUUUUGUCUUAACAACCUUUCUCACCAGCACAAUGACACAAUUUCACAGAUUUUUCCAGUUUUCCGUCUGUAUAACUUUGAAUGUGUAGGACUGCUGGUAUAUGAAGCAGCUUUCUGGUGGAGGUGUGUGGCGCCCCCACUAGACAACUGUGGGGGUUGCUUUUUGUUUUUGUUUUUUUCAUAACAUGGAAUUUAUGAAGUCUUGAUUAAAAUAUUUAUUUUGAUAGA